AUAGUUCAAGCUAGUAAUUGUGCACUAGUGAUCACUGUAAGUACCAUGGAGAUUAUAACCAUUUUUUUAUAUACUACAGUGAUGGUAUUAUCACUGUAUUUCUUUUUCAAAUGGAAUUAUUCAUACUGGUCAAGAAUAGGACUAGAAUACCUCCAACCACUAUACUUUUUUGGUAACACUAUCAGUUUAUUAUACGGAGUAUCCAUGGGUGACACGUUCAAGAAAAUUUACAACGACAUGAAGGCCAAAGGUUUCAAACAUGGAGGACUUUUCUUCUUUUUCCUUCCGCUUUAUAUGCCUGUAGAUUUGGAUAUCGUGAAGAACGUUUUGCAGAAUAGUUUUGAACAUUUCAUGAACCAUGGUAUAUACCACGACGAAGAACGUGAACCGAUCACGGCGCAUUUGUUUAGUUUGGAGAAUGACAGAUGGAGAAUGUUGAGGAAGAAGUUGUCACAAACGUUCACUUCCGGUAAAAUUAAGAUGAUGUAUCCCACACUAUUUUCGUGUUCAGCUGGAAUAAAGGACAGACUACAGAAACAUGCUGAACUUCAAGACGCUGUGGACAUUAAGGAUCUAUUCAUGCGUUUCACCAUCGAUGUCAUCAGCUCGGUUGCUUUUGGCCUUAACUCCAACUCAUUAAAAGAAAACGAAUCGGAAAUCAUAGACAUAGCAUACAAGAUGUUUGAUGCAGUUUCUCCCAGAGAACGUCUAAAGGAGGCAGCAAUUUUCUUGUUCCCCAAACGGUUUUUGCAAGCCAUUAAAUUCAAAUUCAUGAAUGCUAACAUAGAGAACUUCUUCUUCAGCAUGGUGGGCGGUACUGUAAAAUACAGAGAAGCCAACAACAUAUACAGGAAAGAUUUUAUGCAUUUGUUGCUACAACUUAAAAACAGGGGUAAAUUAUCAGAUGAUAAACGGAUUAUCAGUGAAGAGGGUGAACAGAUUGGUGAAGAUUUUAUUAGUUUUAACGAGUUGGUAGCUCAAUGUUUUGUCUUUUUUACUGCCGGAUUUGAAACUUCUGCUACAACGUUAUCUUUUGCAAUGUUGGAAUUAGCUCUAAAUCCAGAUAUUCAGGAAAAGCUUAGAGAGGAAAUUAUCACAGUUUUGGACGAUCAUGAUGGAGAAUUCAGUUACGAAGCAGUAAUGAAAAUGGAAUAUGCGGAAAAAGUAAUAUUUGAAACUCUUCGAAAGCAUCCCCCUGGACCAGUUAUACCUAGGAUUUGUACAAAGGAUUAUAAUGUGCCAGACACGAAUAUAACCAUUAAAAAAGGCACGCGAGUAGUUAUUCCAGGCUUGGCUAUCCACAAUGAUCCCGAUAUUUAUCCUGAGCCAGAAAAGUUUGAUCCUGAAAGAUUUAGCGAAGAAAAUAAAGCAAAGAGGCAUCCGUGCGCAUUUUUGGCAUUUGGAGAAGGUCCCAGAUAUUGUAUAGGUUCCAGAUUCGGAAUAUUAGAAUGUAAAGUGGCACUAGCAAUAAUCCUAAGCAAUUUCAGGAUAGGACUUCAUAAAAAGACCAAAAUUCCAAUUAAAUACGCCUACACGAACGCUUUCAUUUUGGGCGUUAAAGGAGGAAUCUGGAUAACAGUUUCCAACUUAAAUGAAUAGAACAGCAUUUUACGAAUCAAAUUUUGGAAGCUUAGGGAUAGAAUCUAAAAAAAGAAAUCUCAAAUAACUUAUUUAUAUAGGCGAAUUUUUUAUACGGAUAUUAGAAAAUUAGAAGAACCGAACUAAAAAAAAAAUGUACGAAAAGAUGAUGACUAUAAAACUUGUCCUUUGUUUAAAUUUAUUUUACAUACUUAAAUUCAAUUUGCAAUGAUAUCACUUUUAGAUUUUUAAAUCUUGAUUCUAACAUGAAUUAUCGGUGCUACUUAAUCAGUACUUCACUUUAGAAUAUUCACAAUAGUUUUAGAUAAGUUACUGACGCACUUUUAUUGUCUAUGCAUAAUUAGAAAAAAGUAGAGCGGGGACACAUUAAGAAAUUAUGAAAUUUUACCUUUAUUUAGAAAAUAUGUUACCUUUUUGAAAACGUUUUCUUUCCUUGUUAGAAUUAUUUUUUUAAAAAUAUGAACUAUUUUACAAUUAUCUCGUAUAAAAGGAUUGAGAUAAAAUAUGAUACCAACUAAAUAUAUUUUAAACAAAAAAGACGCUAUUCAUGAAAUUUACAUGCAAGUGACACAUAACGCAUAUGACGCCAUAUUUUUUAUUACUACCUACUCUACUUUAGAAAUACACUUAAUAUAUUUAUUUUAUAUGGAACACCCUAUAUAUUUUUGCAUAUUGUUAAAGAACUCACUAUGAAUAAUUCACAUAUACCAAAAAAAAACGGGAAUAAGUUCAGGAGAAUGAGCAGGCCCCUUUAUAUAUCCUCUACAUCCAAUCCAUCGAUUUUGUAACAACUCGCUGAUGAUUUUCUGUUGGAGUGAAUGAGAAGGGAGUGGUAAACUCCAACAGAAGUAGUAAAAAGAAGAAGAUCUACUUAAUGUAGCCAAAGGACAAAAAUGUGUGGCUUCUCCGUUGAAGAAGCUGGAGUAACUAAAAUACAACUUUGUAGUAGUAUUUGUAUGGAAGGAUGCCAAGACAAAGAAUAUCGAAUUGAUACAGGACUAGAGAUGAGAAAUCAUUAAUAGAUAGAUAUAACUUGAAUGGCUAGCUAAAUAUGUAUGAGAAGGGCCACUUGACACUCAAGGAAGGAUUCGGCCAAUUUGCACGGCUAUUUUUGGCCAGACAAUAGAUUAAAGGAAGUGACAAUGAUGGCUCGAAAAGAAGAUAUGAAGAUAAUGUUCAGAAAAUAGAUAGAGUAAAUAUAAUAAUAUACUGAAAAUAGAAUGAAUUUUUGGGCGCCAGAAGAAGGAUAACUAGGUUAACGCUCUUCCAGGUAUUCUACGCUGCUAUAGAGUAUGUCAAAUUUGUAGUACAAGUAUGUGAAAAGUUAUUAAAGAUUAUUAAAUUAUAAAAUAUACUACUAAAAAUAAAGGAGUAAUAAGAAAAAAAAA